CAAUAAUUUCAGAACGAGGCAUGUAAACAUCCACGUCAAACUCAGAUGAUCAUGAUUUUAUAACAUUUGUUUAAAUUUUUAUCCGAAACAAAAUGCAAAGUGGAAAUAAUCAACCAGUUCAAAAUGACGACCAGGUAUCCUGGUGGUUCAAACUUCUGACGAGAGGUGUUGGAACCGUCGGUGGAGUUGUUGCAAUGAUCUUGGGAGUUGUAAGAUGUCUAACAUUUACACCAAGCUGUCUGGUUGGAGGUAUUAUGGAAGUAAUUGCAAUAGUUCCAAUAUUGAUAUGUUUUUCUGCAACAACUGUGUUAGGCAGUGCGUUAGUGUUUGGAACUGGUGUUUUAUAUGGAAUGAUGGCUUUAGGGAAAAAAGCUAGCCGAGAAGAAAUGCUUGUCAAAGCAAGUACUCCAAAUGAUGAUGUGGAGAUGAAGGCGGGGCUAAUAGGUCACGAGGAGGUCAACCUGCAUGUACCAGACUCACCAGCAAAAUGAUCGUGUCAUCACCUUGUCAUUAUCAACAUUAGCGUACAUGUAGAUCUGAAAUAUAUUAUCUGUA